AUUAGUUAAUUGUUAUUUAAAUUGAUUUCUAAUGAUUGAUUGAUGAGGGUCUAAUCAAGAUAUAAAAGCAGAUGCAUCCAGUCUUCACCGCAACAGUUGCGCAUAUAUUUUAAAUCUGUAUGCCAAUUUUAGAUCGUUUGCUUAAUUCUUGUCAAAAUGCUACUAAAUUUUACUUUUGCUGCUAUUGUUCUACUAAUUUCUACCGUGACUUGUGUGCCGUGGGUGCCCGAGCCACGAAAUGACCCCAACUGGCUUGCCCAACAUCAGUCUUAUGUCCAAACAACGAUCAACAGUAAUGGAACGAUCAGAGCAAUUUUCCUAGGAGCUUCUAUUACUGAUUGGUGGCCGGAUGAUCUUUUUCUUCGUCAUUUUUCUACAUAUGGAGCUGUCAAUUAUGGCAUUUCCGGCGAUGGAGUCGAGCACGCAUUUUGGAGAAUUCAAAACGGAGAAGUAGAUGGACUCCAGGAUUCAUUGAAACUCAUUGUUUUCGCCGAUUGCGGAUCAAACAGCGCUGGUUCUUAUAACGCUGAAGAAAUUUCGCGUGGUUACACUGCGACGUUGAACUGGAUUCGACAGGCACUCCCAAACACUCGAGUCCUUCUCAUAGGUCUCAUGCCCAGGGAUAACAAUUUUACGGAUCGCUGGAUUCGACUAACCGACGUGAACAUACGAAUUUCAAAGUGGCAAGAUCAAGCCAACCCUGGAACCUCUCCAGUGAGAUAUUUGGACCUGUGGACCCACUUUUCUCGCGAGUGGGGUGUGGUAGAACCCAAUUUAUUCCUAGACGACCAACUGCAUCUUACUCGUGAAGGGUAUGAAAAGUGGGUGGACGUCAUUAACCCCUUGUUUCGAGAGAUGAUGGGAGUUUAAAAUAAUAUUUAACGAUUUUAAAUUUUGUUUUUUUUUUAGUUUAAUUAAAUUGUAUCUACUUUAUAUUUAUUGACAAUUGUAUCUUCGCGUCCAAAGAGGUUAAAUUUCGAAUGGAAUCAUAGAACCUUUUGCUGAUUAUGCAAAGACCAAGUUUAUUCUCGAUCCAUCCUGGUAAUUUAUUUGCAUGCUACACGUAAAAUUUUAUUUUCAUGAAUCGUACAAAGAUAUCAGUUAUAAUAGAUACGAAAUGAACGUACUAUCAAUUGUACCUGCUAUAAAUUUCACGUUAUGAACCGUCGGGCACGUGCAUAUUUUAUGUCCACAAAUGCUACAAAGAUUUACUAAUAAAGAAGAUGCAAAAUUGUUUGCACCCGUAACUUAAAAAA